CACAUGCCCAGACAUGUGACACCUCUCUUGGCCAGCCCUGUUUUCGACCCCUGAAACAAAUACACUAACUUGGAUGAACCCUGGAGAGCUACCAACUACACUGACAACUUCAAUCAUUGCGACAGUCGAGUCUCCUGGGACGGCUGGUACAGGUUGCUGUAUCAUGGACAGACUAUACGGAUGCCCGAGGAGUGCUUACGUAGAUCUGGAUGCGGCACCGCUGGCCAACUGUGGAUGAAUGGAACCCACCCCCAACUACAGGAUGGGAUAGUUACAAGGAAGAUAUGUAAGGCUUUGGCCUGGCGUGGCUGCUGUUUUGACCGAGGCCCUCCGAUUCAAGUCAAAGCUUGUCCAGGAAACUAUUAUGUCUACCAGUUUGUCCAGCCCAAUGGCUGUAAUUAUGCUUACUGUGCAGAUGUGAACACCAUAUCCACAAACAUUUCUCCUACAUCUGCAACUGUGCACACCUCAACAGUCUCGACUAACCCUUGCGGUGACGUCCACUGCACAGAAGAUGAGAUAUGUGGGGAAGUAUAUGGAAUAUAUGGCUGCUUGUGCAAGAGCCAUCACCAACCUAUCCCAGAGUCAUUUGGAUUAGUUGCCACAUGCCACAAUAGCUCCUGCUGGAUUUCACUAUCCCGCUGCCUCCUCUUUGAGGCUGGCUUUCCUGCUCAAGUUCUGCACCUCAACGAUCCGGGCUGCACAGGCACAGUUCUAGAGGGACAGGUGAAGUUCCAUUUCAACAAUGACGACCAGAAAUGCGGAACUGUUCUAAGGGUCAAUAAAACCCACUUCAUCUACGAGAAUUCUAUUCAGGGGACAGCCGAAGGUCUGUCCCCUGAAUAGAAUUCUGCAGAAGGUCAUAUUAUUAGCAGACAGAGGCAACUGAGUCUGCAGUUUUUCUGUGAAUAUCCUAUAAAACAAAAUGAUUCCAUGUAUAUGGCUAUCCAUGUCUUAAAAGGUGAUAUCUCACAUCAUAACAUUUCGUAAAUGAGCCCAUUGUAAUUUAUAGAGUCAAAUGUAUUGUAAUAAAGCUUCAUGUAUUGAAACUACUUUGAAGCAAAGUCCUUUUGAUAAAUUGACUGUAUAAUAGAUUUUCAUCAAAGGUCAAUGGAUGCAUAGCUUCCUUUUAGUAACUGUCAAGCAUUGCAAAAAUGUAUAGGUUUGUUUAAUCCAUAUUUAUAUUAGCGGUGAAAAAGUGCUCUCUAAUGCACCUAAUAUGCCUGCAGUGUUAUACGCCUGAAGUUAUAAUGUAACUGUGUUAUACGCCUCCUCUGUAAUGUAAUGUAUGUUAUCUUAUUAUUUAUUUUACUUUGUUUUAUUUUAUUUAUAGGCCUAGACCUAUACCUAUACUUUUUUUCUCUCUCUUUUUACAUCUUGUAACUUCAUUGUUUCUGUAAUCUCGACUUCAUUGAAUAUGAGGGCUUCCCUCAAUGACCCUCCGAGAAUAAAUAAAGGUUGAA